AUGGAGGCGGCAUCGAGGGCUGCUACAACUGUCAGUGACCGCGUCUAUGAGCUUGAAGUGCUCGUUCGCGAGCUCGAGGCGUACAUCGAGGCUGCGACGCUGACCCCAGUCGCAGCAGCAGAUCCCCAAACUCUUGAGAUUGACCGCCAAGCAGUGACCAGUGCCGCGGCGACGCUGGCGUACAUGAGAUGUCGCCUGCUUUUGAGCAACGGCGAGAGCAGUGUCUUGGACCUUCGGUACGAACACUUUGCUCAACCUUCCCACGGUCGCCCAAAGCAUCUCAUGGCUCAAGCACGCCAGCUGCCAGGCCUUAUGCGGCUCAAGGAUGAAGAAGCCAUGACCUUGCGUCACCAAGUUGAGGAUGCUCAAACGACUCGGACCCAGCUAACCCAGCAGCUCCACGAGGCAAGUCUGGCCCGCUGUGUCAUGCUCAAGGCUUCAUCAUCUCAACGAGAACGCCGUACUUGUACGCAGUUGCUCGCAGAGAAUGAGGCCUCAAUCGCCAACAUUUUGAGCCAGCAUAAGUUGAAAGAAGCCAAGCAAUACCUGGAUGCUUUUGAACGCCACCUGUCUGCCUCCUUAACUUUGGUAACAACCCAGCUACGGUGA